AGAGGGUGAUUGCGAAGAAAGCGAUGAAGAAGUUGGCACAACAGCUGAUGAGUCUGUUGAACAGUCAUCUUCCGAUGAAGAGUUCCAACUUCCACCAGAGAUGCUGAAAACUUCCAGUGGACGCAUUGUUAAAAAGGUGGAAUAUUUGGAGAGGUCGUACAGUGAAGAAGACAGACAAACAAGGAAAAAAACGCAUAUUGAAAAUGAUGAAGUCUAUAACAGUGAAUACAGAUAUCCGAAGCGCACGCGCUCAAAUAAUACUGGUGCACAGAUCCAGAGAGUUGUGACAAUGAGUUUGCGGGAAACCGAUAAUCGAACACGAAAUGCAUUACGUGCUUUUGAGCCACUGGUCAGUGAGGCGAUGCGGCAGCAGUUUUCGUGGCCUUUUUUGAAGCCUGUCGAUGCUAAAGUUGUUCCCGAUUAUUAUCAGGUAUUUGUUGUGAUAUUUUGUACAGCUGCUUCUUAG